UCGUCAAUCAUAUCUGUAUGGUGGUUUUUCUGUCUGUUCUCUUCCCAUCUCUGCUGGCUAAUGCGGUGUUGGCUCACCUGUAUUGUAGCAAUGCCAUGGACUGGCUAAUAAGAUGUGAACCAGUAAGGAACUGUUCAGAUCAAGAUGUUGACCAUGAUACACAAAUCAAGCCGUUCCUUCACAAGGAUAUGGAAAACAUGUCCCAAGCACGCCACUGUCCUCAAAAAAAUUUACCAGAAAAGUGGGUCCAGGACAAGGGCAGAUUCUAUGUUUUUUCCACUGAAGUCAAAGACUGGAACCGCAGCAGACAACGCUGUCAAGAUCUGGGUGGAGACCUGGUCAUCAUCAACAGCAUUGAGGAGCAGAAAUUUCUAGCACAACAAAUCCAAACUAUUGGCGCAAGUACAUUAUAUUGGAUUGGUCUGACUGACAGCCACACAGAGGGUGUUUGGCUGUGGGUGGAUGACACCAAGAAUCAUCUUAAGCAAGUAUUCCUUUAAAUGUUUGUUGAUACAUGUAUCAGAAGAUUAUAUUUGGAAGCCAUUUAGAUAAACUAAACAUCUCAUCAAUUAUUGCUUCACUUAUUCUUAAUGUAUUAAUUUUUUUAUUUGACAGUUUCUGGGCAAUGCCUCCUGAUGAUCACAAAUCAGCUGACAAUCCUAUGGGUGAAGAUUGCGUUGUACUGAAUGGACGAAUGGUUGAGGCAAACUGGGGAGAUGUUUUUUGCUUGAGGGACGAGAGAUGCAUUUGUGAAAUUCCAUGUUCUUAAUAAAUAUUUACUUGAUAAAAAGUUUAUAUUUGUCAUUUAUACAUCCCUAGGUAAUGAAAAGCGCUUUCUGCAAGCCCCCAUAUUGUAAUGUACAAUAAAGAUUAUUAGGGAUAGUUCACUCAAAAAUGAAAUCUCUGUAUUUAAUUUCUCAUCCUCACCUUUGUUCAUCUUCAGAACACAAAUUAAGAUAUUUCUGAUGAAUUCCAGGAGCUUGAUAGCCCAUUCAACCUUCAUUUUAUCUGUAAAUGUAUUUCUACGGUGCCCGGGAGGUGU